AUGAAAAUAUUUUAUAUCCUUUCAUUCAUAGUGACUCUAUGUAAGACAUAGAUAAAUAUGGCAUUUUGUGAUGAUUACAUUGAAUAUGAUAUGAAUUAUUUUGGAAAGUUUAUUUCAAAUGCCAAGCUUUCUAAUAACACAGAUGCAAUCUUGGCUGAAAAAAGAGUGCUUAUUAUUGAUGAUGAACUUAAUGUAUUAAGUUCAUUACCAAUACCUAAAACUCAGACUCAUAAUUGCGAAUGGAUAUUCCAAUAAAGUUCUGAUACUUUCUUUGUUGGAUGUCAAAAGAAUGGAGAAUCUCCUUACUUAAUUGCUUAUAGAAGUAUUAAUUAGACUCAUUAUUAAUAAUUUGGGGACAUAGUGUACUUCCCUAAUUUAAAUGAAACCAUAAUCAAGGUAACUGGAACCUUAAAUACACUAUUUACUAUUUAAUCAAAAAAAGUCACUUUGUUCACUUUAGUAUUGUCAGCAUCAGAUUGGAGUAUAAAGACAACUCAAAAUGUAUUGGAUAAGAAUUAUUUUGCAAGAACAACUGAAAUAAAUAUCACUGAUAUAACUCUAGCACCUUUUAUAUAAGAUAACUUAUAGUAAUAUAAAUUGAUUGUAGUUGAAUACAAUCUUGGAGCAUUUUGGGUAGAUGCAGUAGUAAGAAAUAAUAUACUCUCACCGUUUAGAAAUGGCCUCAUAAAUCUAUAUUAUUUCUCUAAUUAUUAAAAAUACUAUUAAUCAGCUGUUAUCCAUUCCACAACCUAAAAUGUAUCUCAAAUUGUUUUUACAAUUUUUUAUAAUGGGAAUUAUGAUAUAAGCAUUAAAGUAGUUUAUGUAUCAACUUAUACAACAGAAGUUUAUGAAACUUAUCAAUUUAGGUCAAAUGAGUGGGCAUCAUGGAAUAAACCAAUUCUAUUUGGAAACUUAUAAGGGAUCCUUCGUAGAAAUACAUUAAAGUAAAGCAUUUUUAAUGUUUAUAACAUCUAAAUCCCUGUUGCUAAUGCCCAAUACGAAAGUAAUUUAACUUCCCCUGUAUAUGAUCCAGUAGAUACUUUCACUUCUCCUCCAUAAGAUUUUGCUAUUUAUUAUUUUAAUACUGGAUACAGAGUAGUGCAUAGUAUAGAAAACAAUAAGUUAUAAAGUUGUGACCUUUACAAUUAUAAAUUGCAAAUGGAAUGA